AUGACCAAGCCCAGUCUACUUGAACUCCCGCGGGGAGUUCAACUAAUCUACCUCGCCGAGGGCGGGGCAAAUGUCAUCUAUCGAUUCACAACACCUACCACCCUUCCACCCCAACUGCAAGGCAAACUCCUCCGUCUGCGCAAGAAAACGGCAGCAGACACCCCUUACAAAGACAUCGUCCGCAACUUCGAUACCAUCAUCCGCCCCCUCUUCACCCCGGACGAGCUAGUCGACCAAACCCUCAUCCGCCUCCCAGAAGGUCUCAUCAUACAAUGCAACGAGCAGCUCCGCGCCGCAGAGCGAAAUAGCCAGCGCCCGCCAAAGCGCCACGGCAGCUACCUCUCUCUGACCGAGCCCUUCGGCCUCCUAAUCACUGACAUGACGACCGCCAACGACCCAGGCGCGACCCUCGCAGAGCUCAAGCCGAAAUGGCUGAACCAGUCGCCCACAGCACCAAGCACGGCAUGUAGAUGCCGCACCUGUGCGCUGUGGGAGAUGAAGAAUCGCGAAGCAAUGCAAGCCGGCAGAAAAGAGCAGCGCUCCUUCUGUCCGCUAGACCUCGUCUCCGAGCAAUACGAGAACGUACUCCGAGCAGCAGGCCUGAUCAAGUGCAAGGACCGGUCGCGGCUGGCUCGGAUCUUGUUUCGGAAUCCGACGUUGUUGAGACUGCAGUCUUUGCAGAAGACUGAGCGGGAGGUCGGGCUGCUUGGGCCUGAGGGGCGCGCUUGGGACAUGUCACUUGCAAUGACGUUGCGAGACUGUACAAUGUUUGUGAGAAUCCCACAUGAUGAAAAAGCGCCUGUUGAGAUCCGGCUCGGAGACCUGGAUUUGAAAACCGGGGCUGGAGGCAAGGCUGGGUAUUGGAGGGAGCUGGAGACGAGGUUGAUUGAGCAGGGCUGGUAUCGGGGGUCGAAUGGCUGCCAGGAAUCAAGUGAGUGUGCGUUGCGUCGUGCGUGA